AUCAUCUCUCGUCUCUAUCGAAUUCACAGUGAGAAAAAGAAAAAAAAGAAAAGCAAAGUGUUCUUUUGCGUUCUGCUUCACGCCACGAUUUUUAAAAGCAGAUAUAGAGACCCCACCGAUUUAAUUUGAUUUUCUUGAAUUUAUUUACUCUUUUGUGAAGAAACAAUCAUUGUCAUCAAUCUCCUCCAAAGUCUCGAUUUUCUCAUACCGAUCAUUCGAUUCAUCGAGGCUGUUUCAUUUCGGGAAUGGAGAAAGUUUCGUCGCCGUCUUCUUCACGGAGGUCUGCUUAUCUGGAAGCUCUUACACAAGAGAUUAAGAAGAAGCUUACUCGGGCUGUUGUCUCUCCAGCACAAACACGCAACUUGUUACAAGACUUGUUUGCUGAUAUAGCUCUCGAAGUUGACGAGCGUGCCAAAGAUGUGCUACUUAGCAAAGAGGAGGAUGUGAUUUCUGAUGAAGCAGAUACUGAUGGUCCGUUAUGUUUCUUCGACGUGCUUGCUGAUUAUUAUGUCAAAGUGUCUGAGAGAGGGAAAGACAUACUUGAUUUGAUGGUUCAGCUCUGGAGCCAGUCCUUUGCCUCGCACAUUUUCUCUCUUCUGUUCCAUAAAUGGCUGUUUGAGGUUGAGCUUGAGAAUCAAGAAAUACUCCUGCGAUAUUCUUCUGCUCUGGUGCAGGGAGCUACAAAUGUAUUUUGGAUAGACAUCCAGACAAAUACAAGACGCUUCCAAACUCUCUUCCGGUAUCUUCUCGAGGAAGUUGCUUUAGAGCCGACCAGAUUGAAGAAAAUUCCCAUUCAGGCUCAGAGGGAACUGUAUCUGUUGCUCUCACGCUUCAUUUUCUUUUACAAUUCAGUGGACAGACUAGAUAGCUUCUUGAGGAACUUCCCGGAGUUUCCUAAUGCUUUCUUGGUUGGAGGAGCUGGAGAUUUCCUUGUUAUAGAACUUACUGAUCAGCUGCAAAAACUGAAAGUAGAACCAGUGCUGCUACACUAUCUUUCUCAGAUGAAGAUUCUUCAAGGUAUGGAGCUGAGAAUGACAACUAGCACGAGGUUAAAGGCGUGUUUGUACAGUUUCACCUCUCCCGGAGGUCCAAUGUACCCGACAAGAGCUGUCCGUCAUGCAGCCUGGGAUGCUUUGGAUUCCCUCUUUCCCGUGGGGCGUUACCCAAGGCAUCUCAUUAGUCUGUUUUUCAGACUGCUCUAUCCGUGGUACUGGCCAUCCUCGUGCUGGAACUUUGUGGUUUCUUGCAUUAAAGCGGUACUCUAUUCCAUCGUAAGGCUCAUCUUUUCACGGCGAGAGAAGCCAAGGCAGAGCUAAUUAGCUUGUACUUGUUGAUGAAGCCUGUAGUAGGAAUCCAGUCCUUGUGUAUAUAAUGUGGUUUCACUCACAAGAGGCGAACCAGAGAACUUUACCUUUUUACCUGUAUUGCGUUCUAUGGAGAACAUAAAAUCCGUUUUCAGGAAAAUCCCAUGGAAUAGCCUUUUACGUGUGUUUUGUUGUUAUUGUUAAAUUGGUACUUUGCUGCUAUAGAGGAUGAUGUAUUCUGACCAGGAACCUUUCUAUGUAGCCACACGUUUCUUCUUUCUAUG